ACCUACCGGGCGGAAGGGGAAUGUGAAAAGGUUUGCUGCGCUCAUUCGGCGAAAUUCCGGCGGAAACGGUUAGUGCAUCAUACAAGCUGCAAUAAGCCUCACCGCCUGAGGCAAAUUUUAGCGAAUGAAUCGGUUUCUUCAGCUUCCCCUACUCUCUUCACCCAACCUUAAGGCUUCGUUUGCACCGUUGUUUGAAGACUUCCUUCGAUCGGAUGGAUGUUUAUGUAGUCGUGUCAUUGACAUACCUAAGGAUCAAGUUGGAGUCUCAUCAAAUAAGUCACUUCCCAGAUUUAGAACAUAUUGCACUAGCAAAGAUCUGUUAAUUAAGAAGUGUGUACCAUGUAAUACAAAGGAAUUGCGACCCAUGACCGAUGGUGUAGCAGACUCUCUUAUGCCGCAGGUUGCUGGAUGGAAUUUGGUAAAGGAAGAUGGUAUAAUGAAGCUGAGGCAGUCAUGGAAAGUAAAAUCUUUCACCAAGGGGUUGGAGCUUUUCAAGAUAGUUGCUGAUCUUGCUGAAAAUGAAGGUCAUCAUCCCGAUCUUCACCUUGUUGGUUGGAACAAUGUUACUAUAGAGAUUUGGACUCAUGCAGUUGGCAUAUUGGUGCUUACUGGCUACAGCAUCGAUGAAACAGUACAUUUCAAGCAUAAGAUAAUUUGGUCUGUCUUUAUUGACAUUGAUUUUUUUUUUUCCUUUUUAUCAUGCAUCUCUGCUCUUGCUAUCCUGUCACUCUCUGUAAAGCAGAUAAAUGUAUAUUUUUUCCUCUUCAAAAAGGAAAAGGUCCCAUGCUCUUAUGUGGGCAUCUAUUCAGUAGCUUUAAGUUUGCUAUUUUAUUUGCUUAAAAGCUGCUCGUAACAAGUAAAGAAAAGGAAGCAACUUAAAAAAAUUCGAUUUGAAAGCAGAUGGUAAUGUCAGUACUGAAACAAAUGAGAAGUGAUUGUCUUGGGUUUCAUUUUAUAAUUUAUGCGUGCAAAGCAGGACUAUGUAUUUUUUUGAUUCCUGAUAUUUAAUCCUGGGUUUUAUUGAAUCUAUUCCCUGGGCA